AUGUUUGCCUCGUUUCUUGUCGAGUAAAGGCUCUCAAAACAAUUUGAGUUACAGCCGGAGAUUUUUGAACGAUUUACAAUGGCUGGUGCCAGCGGAGAGAAUGCAGAAAGUCCGACAAUUUCUCCCAGACAGCAAGCGAAUAGAAAGCCCUCGCGAAAUCGUCUUUCUUGUCAAGUCACUCUUCUCGAUGGAACGGUUUUGACUACAGAUCACUUACAAAAAAGUGCCAAGGGUAUGGACUUGAUGCACUGGGUAACAACACAACUGAACAUUACAGAAAAAGAGUACUUUGGACUACUAUGGGAGGACAAAACAGGAGAAAAGUACUGGUUAAAUCCUCAGAAGAAAAUAACAACUCAGCUAAAAGGUUGCCAGCCAAACUUUGGUUUUGCUGUUAAGUUUUAUGAGCCCCUUCCUUCCCAAAUCAAGACUGACUACACCAGGUAUUUGAUGUGCAUGCAGUUGAGGGAUGAUGUAAAUUCUGGGAGAUUACCAUGUUCCUUUAGCAACCAGGCUGUGCUUGGAUCUUACAUUGUGCAGGGUGAUGUUGGUGAUUAUGAAGCUCGUGAACAUGGAACUGACUACUUGGAUGGAAUGGUCUUUGCUCCCGACCAGACACAAGAAUUGCUGGACAAAAUUAGGGAACUUCACAAGCAAAACAGGGGUCUCAGUCCAGAAGAAGCUGAUUUACAGUACCUAAAGAUGGCAGCAACAAAACUUGUCAUGUUUGGUGUGGAUGCACAUCCAGCAAGGGAACAAGAUGGCACAGAAAUACUCAUUGGUGUUUCUCAUGAUGGUGUUGCAACCUACAAAGACAGACUGGUGGUCAACAAAAUUCCGUGGACCAAGAUUGACUACAUCAAGUACAGAAAGAGGAAUUUCAUCAUCAAAAGCCAUCCAGGAGAGCUGGACACUUUGACAACUAGAGCUGUUUACAAGACGCCAAGUGAGAAGGCAGCCAAGCGCUUGUAUAAAUCUUGCGUUGAACAUCAUACAUUCUUCAGGUUAACUUUCUCUGACCCACCACCAAGUCGCAGUAGCUCUCUGCUGAGGAUGGGAUCAAAGUUCCGUUACAGUGACCGCACCCUGUAUCAGCUACACAAGGAUGGUCAACCAAUCAAGGACCAGCCCAAGUUUAAUCGUGUUUCAAGUCUAAACUGGUCACGUCGUUACCAAAUGCCUUCUCUAUCAGAAACCAGGAUUUAUGUGAAAGAAGAUGAUGAGAGCAACAAGAGGCCCUUAUCAGAGGGAGAUCUUCCCGGAAAGAUGCGGUGGUACAAAGGGGGACAGGCACCACUAAUGGAGGAGGAAUCAAUGGCGACCUUGACACCAGAAGAGCGUGAACAGUAUCAGAGAGAGAUAACAGAGAAAUUGGGAAAACAAAAGGGAGAAAGAGGAGACGAUGUCAUCAGAGCUACUGGUGCCGGGGAAGCUGGUGGCUUCUAUGCAUAUGGUAGAGCAGAAAGACCUGAUCCUCAAGCCACAGUCACUGCUGUGGAAGAAGAGGCAAGGAGACGUGAGUGGGAGAGGAAACAAGCUGAGGAACGAGAAAGGAUACGACUUGAGCAGGAGAAAGAAGCAGAACGAGAGAGGAAAUUGCAAGAAUGGAUUGAAAGCGAGAAGAGAAGGGUUGAGGCAAUUGAGCCGCAGGAAGCCGGCCCAGCGUACACAGCUCCAGGAGGAAAAGCUGAAAGAGCAACAUUUACUCUGGAAAAGGUCAAGAAGGAAGAACCAGAAUUUGUCAGCAUGGGCGUGGCUACCCCCGUUAGUGGUUUUGACACCAUCAAGAGGGCAGAGACGAAGGUAGCUGAUACUGAUACGUACAAGGGACGUGUCCAGAAGCUGCCACAGGAUGAGAUGUCCAAAGAACAGGUCCGAAAGAGACUGAGCAGGUUGGUCAUAGCCACAGCCGUUCUCUUGCUUUUACCAAGAAUGUCACGUCAUUCUGGAAGUGAUGUAAAUUUUCUGUCUUUUAAUUUAAUUUACGACUUCCUCUCAACAGGAACCCAAGAUGGCGGCACGGUGAUUACUCGCACCAUAAUGAUGGGUGGUGCAGAGCCAACUAGAACAGAGACUAUUCGUCAGACGACCAUGCCUACAGAGAUAAUUCAAAAGACAAUCACCAUCGAGGGUGAUGGAAACCAGCUGACUGCCGAGGAGCUGAAGGACAUCAUAGCUAAACAUGCAGGAGACAUUGGAAGCAGUGAAGUGGUUACCACUACUUACACAACCAAGGUUCAAGAAGUGAAGCAAACGAAAACAAUAACAGAAACAAUGAGGGUUGUGGAUGAUGAAGGGAACAUCAUCAAAACUGGUGACCCUGAUACUGAUGCUGCAAUUUGGGAGGCCAUCCAGCGAGCAAAGGAAGAGAACCCUAAUGCUAAAAUAACCGAGGUUGUUAUAACCAGGACUGAUGAAGAAAGCCAAGCGUAAAGCAGUUAAAACCCACGGAGCCCUUAAGGAAUUGCAGUCGGCCAAGCCGACAAGUAGAGGAUGAACGCUGCUUCCCUAAAGUGUUACACACUCGUAAAGGAUAUACU